GAAAAAGGUCCAAGUCAAGUAACGGCUCUAUUUCCCAUAACUUAUUAAGUCGGCCGAAAGGAAUGGGCCUUCUUUCCUACAGAUGCCACGUCAUAAUAACAUAUUCUAUUAAAUAAAAUAAAAUAAUUAAAUAAAAGGGAAUAAUUUCCUUGUAUUCGACCGUUGUGCUCACAACCCUGUCUCUCUCUCUCUCUCACACACACACACAGUCACGACGCUCUUCCUUUUAGUCGGAGGUUACAAAAGCGAACAAGGAAUUGGAGAAAAAAAAUGACGACAGUGGGAAGCGCCGCCAGCAGCCAGUGGAAGAAGGCCGUCAAGAUGGGACUCGCUCUCUUCCGCCGUGGCUUCAAUCCUUCCAAAUGCAAAACAAUGGCGAAAAUGACGGUGGCGAGAGUGAAACUGCUGAGGAACAAGAGAGAUGUGGUGAUAAAGCAAAUGAGGCGUGACAUUGCUAUGCUCCUUGAGUCUGGUCAAGAUGCCACUGCUCGUAUUCGGGUUGAACAUGUGAUAAGAGAACAGAAUAUAAUGGCUGCAAAUGAGUUAAUCGAGCUUUUCUGUGAGCUUGUUGUCGCCAGGCUUUCUAUCAUUGCAAAGCAGAGGGAAUGCCCAGCUGACCUUAAAGAAGGGAUAUCGAGUUUAAUAUUUGCAGGCCCACGAUGCUCAGAUAUUCCGGAGCUGUUAUCCAUUCGAGAUGUUUUCCAGAAGAAGUACGGCAAAGAUUUCGUAUCUGCAGCCACUGAUCUACGACCCAAUGCCGGUGUCAAUCGCAUGCUUAUUGAGAAGCUCUCUGUUAAGACACCGUCGGGUGAAGUAAAAAUGAAAGUUCUGAAGGAAAUAGCAAAGGAAUAUCAGGUCCAGUGGGAUGUCACAGAAUCCGAGGUGGAGCUUUUGAAGCCACCGGAAGAGCGUAUUGAAGGGCCAAACAAUUUUGUGAGUGCUACAAGUUUACCUGUAAAACAAGUUCCGUGGCAACCUCCAGAGCCAAAUAUGCCAAAUAUUGCUGCAUCAAACAGAGGAGAAGCCAAUAUGACGAAUUUUCAAGAGCUGGCAUCAGCUGCCGGUGUCGCCGCUGAGAAAGCACUUGCCGCUGCUGAAGCUGCCGCCCACUUGGCUUCUUCUUACCAGUCUGCAAAUAAUAACAUUAGUUUGCCUAAAAAUUCUCAAGCUGAAUACGAUGAUCAUCAGAGGAUAAAUCCUUCUUCCGAAUACUCUGAUCAUGGUAGAAAGAUGCAUAGAAGACAGAGCUAUAACUGUCAGAGAGCGCACACAAAUAUCAAAUUCGACGAAUCAUCGGACUACGACGAAGAAAUCGAGAUGGAAGUGCCACCACCACCGCCACCGCAGAGGCAGAGUGAAGCUAGGAAAAUCAAUAGAAGGCAUAGCUACAAUAAUGCACCUCAAUACGAUGAAUCUGACUCUGAUGAUGAUGAUGAUUACUCAGAGGUGGGCCCACAUAGAGGAGCAGCAGGGACCAAUAGAGCUGCGCCAGAUCGUCCAGCGCCGCAAGUUCCGGAUAGACGUGUUCAUCCAAAAUUGCCUGAUUACGAUGCACUGGCUGCUCGUUUUGAAGCUCUCAAACAUCACAAGACUCAAUCCAAGUAGUCGAUUUUUUUUUUCUUUUGAUAUGAUAUUUUUUGGACUUUGGUCAGUUGGUGUGCACUUGAACUUGUGUGUUCCUUUUUUUAUUUUAUUUUAUUUAUUUAUUUAAUAUAGUAUAUAAAUCAUGUAGGUUAUAAUGGUGUGUCCAUAUAUAUAUGUAUCAGAUGGUGGGAAAAUUUUCAGGCAGUUUAUAGUUCCCUUUCUUUAUGCAAUGUAAUGUAAUAAUAUUUUGUUUUAUUCAUUGAUGUCAGAUGGUCCUUUUUAA